UUUGAAGCACAGUAAGCCUGUACCCUGCACACCGAAGCAAGUAGUCGCAACCCUGCGUGCACGGCGAAUCAUUCAGAGCUCGGACUCUGGGGACUCUGAAGACGGUGCACGAACGCCGUUACAGAAACUGCCCCGGCUUGUCGCUGCGCCGCGUAUCCAGACUACAAAGCUUGCUGGGCCUGUAAUCGACCUCACGACAGACUCUUCGGGUGAUGAGGACGAUGCGCAACCCGACAAAGCGGUCCCCAUACAUAGCGCUCCAAAGCUGCCACCAGUGGUGUUAGAGAAGGACGAGCGGCCCAUGCCAUUAUUUGCGGACGACAGCAGCGGCGAAGAGGCGGAUCCGGUGCAUAGCGAUGACGACGGAGCGAUACUGACACUGGACGAGCCGCGCAGUGCGCGCAAACCUAUCCACCGUAUUACACCCUCGACGCCUGGGCAGCGGGCUAGUCGACCGAGCCCUGCACAUGGGUCUGACAAUGAAUCUGACCCCGAGGCGAAGUCACGCGUGGCCAAGCGCACACCAGCCGCGACACCACGCAAGGCGGGCAAGGCACCGCGUCUAACGAAAAAGGCGCUCGAGGCGGCGGAACAGAAGCGACGAGAGGGUUAUGCACAGGAGCUAUUUGACGAGCUCAAUAAGGUGGUGUUUGGUGGCGGUCUUCCAGCGGAGACACAGCUCAAAUGGAGCAAAAGGUUGUUGACCACAGCGGGAAGAGCGAGGUGGCAUAAGAGUAGACACGGCGUGCAAACAAGCGAAAUCGAGCUAGCCGUCAAGAUACUUGACUCAGAUGAGCGCAUCCGAAACACGCUUGCGCACGAAAUGUGCCACCUUGCUUGUUGGAUAAUCAACGAAGACCCCAAGGAAGCGCACGGGCCGAAGUUUCGGAGCUGGGCAAGAAAAGUGAUGCGUGUGCGUCCCGACAUGGAAAUCACGACCAGGCAUGAUUACGAGAUCGCCUACAAGUACGAAUGGAAAUGCCAGCAGUGCGAUAAAAUUUAUGGGCGACACAGCAAGUCAAUCCGGCCUGAUGAAUGUGUAUGUGGCGCGUGCAAAGUGGGCCAAUUGAUUCCCCUAUUUAAUACACGGGUACCCAAGACGCCCAGGAGCAAGAUAAGUAGCCGCCUGGCCGCAGAGCGAGGGCUUGCGUCUCCCCUCGUUGUGUCGUCGCCGGUCAGUGCGAGCAUAAGUGUUUCAGUGUGUGAGACCCCUCACAUAUCGACACCCACGCGCGGGGGAGGCGCCAAAUUGAAGGCCAUAAUGUUGACGGGGAGCUCGGACGAAGAUGCUUCGGAUGUGGAAGUGCUCGCACACGUCCUCGGUGAUGUCAGCAUCACGGGCACAAGGGCUGCAUAGGUUUCUGGACCUGUGGAUAGGGCGUGGACCUACAUGGCCACCUAUCGCGCAAUCCUAUUGAGGCCGCCAGGUUCUAUCUUUACAGGAGACUUGACAACUGACGGUUGUUUGGUGGCCGUACUUACCUCUCACUUAUGUAUGACUCGCAGCUGCUGCGAUCUGAGGAAAGCCC